AUGGAUCGAGUGCAGGCAUUCGGCAAGACCUUCAGCGCGAGCUUUACGCCCUUUGCGCAGCGUACCCAGCAGUUGAUCAAGGAGCAGCUGGGCCAGGCCGAGGACAAGACCCAGCUCCCAGAUGAAUACAUCGAACUCGAGAAGCGCGUCGAUGCGCUCAAGCUUGUCCACCAGAAGCUGCUGCAGGUGACCUCGCAAUACUCCAACGAGGCCUACGACUACCCGCCCAACAUCCGCGAGUCCUUCAACGACUUGGGCCGCACCAUCAACGAGAAGGUCACCCUCCUCUCGCAGGCCAGCUCCCCCGCCGAAGCCCAAGCCGCCCUGACCGCGCCGCCAGCCGCCAAGCCGCAGCCCAAGACCUUCAACCAUGCGAUCGCGCGCGCCUCGCUUGCUGGCUCCCAGACCCUGGUGCAGAGCUCUGAGCAUGAGGAUCCGCUCGCCACCGCGCUGGAGAAGUACGCCCUGGCUGAGGAACAGGUCGGUGAGGCCCGUCUCGCCCAGGAUGCGCAGAUCCAGUCUCGCUUCCUGGCUGGCUGGAACACCACGCUGAACACCAAUCUGAUGUUCGCCACGAAGGCGCGCAAGAACGUCGAGAACGCGCGUCUCACGCUGGACUCGAUCAAGGCCAGCAAGAAGGCUGCUGCCCACGGUGACCUAGAUAACCUGAGCGAGGAUGCUCGUCAGGAGAUUGAGCAGGCGGAGGAUGAGUUCGUGGGUCAGACUGAGGAGGCUGUGAGCGUGAUGAAGAACGUCCUUGAUACCCCCGAGCCCCUGCGCAACCUGGCCGAUCUGAUCGCUGCUCAGCUGGAGUUCCACAAGAAAGCCUACGAGAUUCUGAGCGAGCUCGCUCCCUCAGUGGACGCGCUGCAGGUCGAGCAAGAGGCCAGCUACCGCAAGAGCCGUGAAGGCGCAUAA